AUGUUAAUCUAUCACCGCCACCACAACCAAUCAUUUUCUUCCAAAUACCCGAUUUCAGUUGAUAAUCUCGAUCAUUCUGCCAAGUCACCCAUUCUUUUGUUAAGCCCUAAAUACAUUCCAUCGCCUAUUGCUUGGUAUUCCUCCUCAAUCAAACUCAAAGUCGCCGGUGUCGUAGAAAUAGAAUCCUCCACCGCCAGGUCGCCACCUCCAAAGGGUUCUGGGUCUCCAUUGUGUAUCCGUAAUCGACCUCAAAACUCCAACGUCGAUCUUCCGAUUUUUCGAUAUUCAGCUCUCCAUCCCAUCAUCGGUCUUCAGAUUUAUGAUUUUAUUGUUGGUGUUAUUGUCUUCGGUUUGAUGGGCACAAUUGUUAUACUAUUUCCCCAAAAUGGUAUCAAGAAUCUCGACAUUUUUUUCAUGUGCUCACCUGUUCAUGCAGCCAUGGCCAUAGAAGCUCGAGUAAGGGAGAUUGCAAUUCAAGAUAUGAAGUACUUUCCUGAAGCAUCUCAGUUGCAGAAAUAUUUACGUCUCAUGAUUUGUAAUUUUGUUGUCAUGAAUACAGAAAACAGGUUGAUGAAGAUGGUGGUCUGAUUCAAUUGGUGAUGAAUGCUAUAAUCAAUAAGUUGGUGGUUUAUUGACAACAGGUGGAGGAGUAUUAUGGAAGACACAAUGACUCUAGGAGUCGAAGCACUGGCCUGAAUGGAUAAUCUGGGCGUUCGAUAAACUCAAUGGCGAUCAACUUUUUUUUAUUGAUGAGCUGGUGGGAAGGGUAAAAUUGUCCGAAUGCUGAGAAAACCAACUAGAAACCUCUCCAUUCCUUAAGAUCAAAGUAGGAUGCCUUAAUUUGACCAUUUGAGAAGUACAAUGCAAUAUUUUAGUUUCAGAC